GAGAAGCGGCUGAGAGGGAAGGUGGAAGGGGUCGUGAGGCGACGAUUGCCUGAGCUGGAGAGUUCCAUGGCUGAGAGUAGCCUCCGGGCUCCGGAUUUAGGGGCUAAACGAGGAGUUUCCAGUUGUCUAGAAAAAUGCCAGAAGAGCUCACCAGGUACUGGGAGGCAACCCUUUUCUGGAAAAUCCUUUUACUUGGAUCUGCCUGCUAGCAUGAAUCUCCAGUUUUUGACAGGGGCCAUUCAGCAGCUGGGUGGGGUAAUUGAGGGUUUCCUGAGCAAAGAAGUAAGUUACAUCGUGUCCAGCCGCAGAGAAGCAAAGGCAGAGAGUGGUGGGAUGGGCCACAGCGGCUGCCCCACCCCCAGUGAGGUUAGAGUGGAAACAUCGUCCAUGGCCAAUCCAAAAGUCAGCCACACCAGGCCUUCCCAGAAACCCGUAGACUCGGUGCUUAUGAGCAGAGGGAAGGAACUGCUGCAGAAGGCCAUCAGAAACCAGGGCAGCAGCAGCAGAGGAGGCAGUGGGAGCAGCAGCAGCCUCCUGGCCAAUGCCCGCUCCUGGGGAGUGAGGAUUCUGCAUGUGGACGAAAUGAUGAUGCAUGUGCAACAGCUGUCUCUUGGUUCUUUAUGUGUGAAGAAACAAGAGCCAAAGAAGCCAGAGGGAACACGUCCAGCCGUGGAGUCAAGAACACGGAAAGUGGCCAGACUGAAGGCCCCAUUCCUCAAAGUCGAAGAUGAGAGCAGGAAGUUUCGUCCUUUCCACUAUCAGUUUAAAUCCUUUCCCGAAAUUUCUUUUCUGGGAUCUAAAAAUGCAAGUCCCUUUGAGGCCCUGAUGACUCCAGGCAGCUCACACCAUACCAGAGAGCCCAAGGAUCAAGUGCCAAGCCUGCAAUCAGCAACCCGCACCAUGCCCAGGAGGAAGAAAGGGUACUGUGAGUGCUGCCAAGAGGCCUUUGAGGAGCUCCAUGUGCAUCUUCAGAGUGCCCAGCACCGGAGCUUUGCCCUAAAAGCCCAUCCAUAUGCAGAAGUAGAUCGGAUCAUCGCCCAGCUCAGCCACAGCUUUACAGAUAUCGCCUUCCAGGCCAGCCUCCCCAGGCAGUCAGGUUCCCCAGCUUCUGAAUGUGACCCUCCCUGUGCUGAAACUCUGCCCCCCAGCCUGCCCUCCCAGUCCAGGGCAGCAUCUUCCAGGAUGAAAAAAGAAGAUGACUGCCAGGCUCCACGCACCCCAGAGCAGGCUGCGACAGUGGACAGCACGAAGGCACCAGCUGAACCUGUGGGAGCUGGCAAGGCAGCAAUCUACAAUGGGCUUGCCCAGCCAUGGCCAGCCGCCCACACCAGGAGGCGAGGUUGGCAUAGCAGGACCACAAAGAAGUGGGAGCAGGAGGAGGCCUGGCCCGGCUUCCUGGCCCUCCACGGGCACUUGCCUCUUUGCAGAGUGAUGCCCCCCACGCUCCUGUACACAGAUCCUCAGGAACAUAUGAAGCAGAGGAGGGGCCAGCUGCAGCACUUACCAAGCUCCCUCCCCCAGGCACUUAGUUGGGGCCCAGCACUGACCUUUCCUCUGAGCCCAGGAUGUGGCCAGAGUCCCCUCUGGGGACCCCUCUCAGCUCUUCUCUGCCUCUUCAGCUCGAGCUGCCCACCCAGAGUUCUGCUCCGGGGCCAGUGUCUCACCUGCCAACUUCCGCCUCAUCCUCUUCCCUCCCUCCCUCCUUCCCAUUCUCCUUCCCCAAAGACCUCCUUUCUCCCCAUUUCUUGCAGCCAAGCCAUUAAUCUGGAGACAGAAAUGGGUUUGCUAUCGAUUCUUUGGCCACUUUUUUUUUUUAUUACUAUUUGUACUGUGGUUCUUCUCACCCUUCUCUGCUUCUGUGUGUUUGUCUCUUUAAAUGUUGAAGCUACCAGAAGCCUGGUGCUGUUCUCUGUCUCCUUUCAGAGGAGGAAAGGGGGACCUAGCUGUGGGUGAGGACCUGAGUUGUUAGUUUAGAAACAGAGCAACUGUGUGGACAGCCCUCCUGAGAGGUCGUGUUUGGCCUUUUUAUGCCAUUCCUGUUAAAUUUCACAAUUAAUCUUGGUUCAACAAAUGUAAAUAAAUUUGUUAAUAACAAAUAGCUAA